AUGAGAGCCAUCACUUCCGGUCUGGAACUGCUUUAACAGAAGUAGAUAUUAAAAACAGUAGGCUUCUGGACUAAACUAAUUGAUAGAUGCUUGCUAAACACACAGUCUCGCAUUUAAAGACUCGCUUUUAACAUAUGGUGAAUGCAGUAGUCUUAUUGUAAAUAUCGCGAUAGGUUGUCGAAGAUGUUAGGACUGGAUCUGUCAACUGGUAUGGAUGGUGUGGUCGAAAAAAUCGAAAAACUCCCUAUAGACUUGUUUGCAGAAACGCUUCAGUCAAUCCUGGUUCAUCUUCAGGAUCAGAACAGAGCAGUAGAUUUGAUUGAAACCUGUGAUAAAUUUCAAAGAGUUGGGACAAACCUUGAUCAGAAAGCUAUUCAAGAUAUUAUAAAACUGAUGACAUACUAUUUUAGGUUAGCUGCAAAGAGCAAUCUCAGUGGGGAUGUCUUGGUCAGUAAAUUGACUGAAUGCAGCAGUAAGUGGUCCAAAUCUACUCUACAGUUGGUGCACCAGCUUUGGACAGAACAUGGUGCUCUUCUACAUGCACAUCAGGAGGUCCUGACAAUGGCUAGUAUUGGACAGCUUGUAGAUAUCCAGUGGAAGCUUGGAAUGGCAGUGAGCUCAGAUACCUGCCGAUCCCUCAACUCCCCGUUCAUCUCUGUUCUGAUGAAAAUUGCAGACACAUCAGGAGAGAUGUCAUAUAAAUCUUUUGAGAUGACUGUUCAGCAGUUUCAGAACUUCUACAGGCAGUUCAAGGAAAUGGCCUCUGUUUUAGAGACGGUUUAAUGUUUUUCUGCAUGUGAUUUUUACAGCAGUGAUUGUGAACCAUUUUGUCUAUGACCAAAUAUUGACAUACAAGUAUUUAAGGAUUUAACAACGUAAAUUUGUUGAAUUUUGCACUGAGCUUUUAAUCUACUGUUUCAGUAGCUACAAGGUUCAAAUUCUUAUUUUAUCAUAAUAAACAAUGGUAUUUUGUUAGAAAAUGUCAGAUUUCUUGUUUUUCCCCUCUAUGGAUCAUCAUAAAUUUCCAUUUGUCAUUAUUAUUGAACUUCAUAAUUGUCUUCAGUGCCCCGCUUCUAAUUGGUUUUUCUGCUUUCAAAUAACAAGUAACACUUAUGAGAUGCUUAAGAACAUGAGUGGAAAACAUUCUUUUUCAUUAAUAAAAAUAUUCACUGAAUCAAUAUUUUGUACUUUGUUUAUAGUCCUUUUGAAUGUGUUGCACCCAAUGAACAGUAAUCACAAUGCUUAACAGUAGAGAUGAUGUUGGAUUUGGUUUUGUCGAAAAUUCUUUAAAAAAAAUUAAAUAAAAAAGGCAGAAGACAGACAAUACAAAAAAUCAGGUCAUCAUGUUUUUUUAUUUUUUGGGAGUGUCUAGCUUCUGCCUUUUUUAUUUUAAAAAUCUAAUUUUAGCAGCUCUGUUGCCUUCUUCACUGCAGGGCUGAUUUGCUGUUUUUGUUUUGGCUGAAAGAUCCCAUGUAAAUAUAUUUGAAUUUGACUUUGCAACCAGUGCCUAGAAAGAAGCUCUUACAAGCUAUAUGUGAUGAUGGGCUACAGUGGGUCUCUGAUGGGUUACAUAUACAUGUGUCUCAUGUUCAUCUGUUUCUGGGAAUGGUGAUUCUUAUUUAGUGUCUUGUUUUAAGCUGGGCACUUGCUCAACACUUGCAAUGUGCUUGGCCUCCAGUUUGACUAAUAAACUUUAUUGAAAUCCA